GCCAGCACAUAAUAUUUUUUCGCCGCCCGCCCAUCCAGCCCGCGUUUUGCAGUUUCGUCCACCGCACCACAAAGUCUGCAGAUUGCGCUUACGUCAGCUUGCUGGUUCACCUCGACACGUCUGGCUGUGGGUAAUUUUUUAAUUUUUUGCAAAACCCGGUCGCAAUCCGAAGAUAUAUAAAAAACGCUUUUGCGUCUUUUUUUUUGUCUUUUUCCAACCUGAAAAAACAGAUUUAGUUUUCGUGGGUGCAGAGUAACUUGGUUUGUUAUUUUGCUUAGACUCCGAUACUAUUCUUAUCUCUUUACAGAUAUAUCUUAAUUGUAUCAUAGGUGUUCUCUUUGUUGUUUGUCAUCUUAUCACUUCCGUAUAUUGCAUCUUUCAUCGCUUCAAGCCUUGUUAAUAAUCUUAUUCCCUAUAUCUUUUCAAGAAUAUGUCAGAAGUUGUACCAGAAACGAAUACUCCAGUUCAGACCCCUUCAUCCGAAACACACUUCCACAAAUCAGACACAGCCAUAGUCAACGAAUAUAAGAAAAUGACCCCUGAAGAGCCGGAAAAACCGCUUUCUCCUCCAAAUCCCUCUCCGAGCCCUGAGAAGCGAAAGUUAGAAGUGGACGAAAAUGAAGAGUCCAAAAGGCAAAAAUACGAUUCAGAAGCUCCUGAAGCUGUAGCCAAUGAGGCUGCUCCCAAUUCGAUUAACGUAGAAGAAUCUAAAGAAGCUUCUCCAGUUGUUCCUGCAACAGCAGGGACAGCUGUAUUUUCGGAACCGGCUCCAAAGCCAGCUGCAGAACCAGAUAUGGACAAUUUGCCUGCCAACCCAUUACCCCCACAUCAAGCCAAGUUUGCCCUCAACACCAUAAAAGCCAUAAAGCGGUUGCGUGAUGCUGUGCCAUUUUUACACCCAGUAGACAUCGUCAAGUUGAACAUUCCCUUCUACUACAACUACAUUCCUAGACCUAUGGACUUGUCAACUAUCGAAACCAAAGUACAUGUAAAUGCCUACGAAGACUCCAAUCAGAUAGUUGAGGACUUCAACUUGAUGGUAGCUAAUUGUAAGAAGUUCAACGGCGAAAAUGCUGGUAUUUCCAAAAUGGCUGAUAACAUUCAAGCUCACUUUGAAAAGCACAUGUUGAAUUUUCCUCCCAAAGUUUUACCAUCGGCAGUUGCUGCGGCUAAACCUUCUGCAACUGGAUUGGCUUCGAAGAGAAGAACCGAAGCUGAUGCCGUAAAGCAACAACAGCGCGAGUCAGUAGCUGCUCAUAGACCAAAGAGAACCAUACACCCUCCAAAGUCAAAAGAAAUCCCAUAUGAUACUAAGCCCCGUAAGAAGAAGUUUGCAGCAGAGUUGCGAUUCUGUUCCCAGACUGUCAAGGAGUUAAUGUCGAAAAAGCAUAACGGCUACAACUUCCCGUUUGUCGCUCCUGUAGACCCUGUAGCCUUGAAUAUUCCAAACUACUUCAAAGUAGUGAAAGAACCGAUGGACUUGGGCACAAUUCAAUCCAAGUUGACUAAUAACCAGUACGAAAAUGGAGAUGAGUUUGAACGUGACAUACGUUUGGUAUUCAAAAAUUGUUACAUUUUCAAUCCUGAAGGAAGUGAAGUGAACAUGAUGGGACAUCGUCUUGAAGCAGUUUUCGACAAGAGAUGGGCUGCUCGUCCUGUUCCAGAACCAACGCCUGUCAAUUCUGAAAUCGAAGAUUCUGAAGAAGAAUCGAGCGACGGCGAAGAUGAAGAACUGGAAAUCAACGAGUCCAUGUUAUCAGAUGUUCCUGCCAUUCAGUUCUUGGAAAAUCAAUUGCUCAGAAUGAAGAAGGAACUAGAUGAAUUGAAGAAGGAACAUUUGAAGAAGUUGAGAGAGCAGCAGGCAGCUAGGAAGAAAAAGAGAAAGUCCAAGAAGGCUGCAGCUAAGAAGUCUUCGGCUCCGCCUAGGGCACCAUCGAUUUCCUCGACUCCUGUUGUUACUUACGAAAUGAAAAAACAAGUCAGUGAGAUGGUUCCUAAUCUUUCGGACAAGAAAUUGCAGUCUCUUAUCAAGAUCAUCAAGGAUGAUGUUGAAAUUAGCAACGAAGAUGAAGUAGAAUUGGACAUGGACCAAUUGGAAGACCGCACUGUCUUGAAGUUGUACAACUUCUUGUUUGGCAAGAAGGCUUCAGCCAAGCUUGCUAAGAAGCCAAAGAAACCUGUUAUAACUAACAGUGUUGAUGAAUUGGCCCAUUUGAGAAGCCAGUUGGCGUUGUUUGACGACGACAAUAACAAUGGCUCUACCAAUGGAUUCAUGAAUAUUGGCAACGACCAUGAAUCUUCAGAAGACGAUCUCUCCUCUGAAAGUUCUGAAGAGGAAUAAGCUCCUCCACGAUAUGAAUAAAUUAAUAGUGGUUUGUUGUCACAAACUAUGGAAAUGGAAGCUAUGAAUACUAUGUAAAACUAGCGCCUUGUACAAAGAAAGCUUUUACUGUUGAGCUACGCCCACCGCACCCGUUUCACACGUAUACUAUAUUAGUUUGGAUAUGUUAUUCUUACUUCUAUCACAGUUUCAGUUUUAUAGUGUAUUAUAAAAGGAUUAAUUAAUUGAAG